AUGCCGGGCAGGGCUGAAGGGCUGAACCCCGGUGGAAACCAGUUCCCCCCCAAGCAGCAGCUCCCACACACACCGGUUCGAGCCCUCCCCGGCUCCGGCAGAGCCAUCCCCAGGCCGGAGGGGUUUGUCCUGCCGGCAGCUGCUCCGGAAAAGAGCUGGGGAGAAGCAAGCAGCCGGGAGGAGGGAGCCCAGGGGCAGGAGGGGUCACCGGCCGCCCUGGGAGACCCCCAGCCCUGCCCGGGCCCCCUUCUCGCCCAGGGGACACGGCUGGGAGCCAGGACCGGGAGCCGCUGGCGCGAUCGAGCUGGGGCCGAUCCCGUGGUGGAAACGCGGAGCUGCCGGGGACCCCCCGCCCCAAAGGCCGAGCUGCAGCUGCUGCCCCCGAGAGGGGACCCCAGAGAGUCGGUGCCGAGAGCCGCCGGGAAAGUCACCGGGCCCCAGCCGGGCACCCGUGGGGGAUCCCGCACCGGGGCGGGGGGGAGGAAAGCGAACCGCUCCCCCGCGGCUGCCAGCGCAGGCAGGGCAGGCAGGGCAGCCACGGCAGCUCCCGUAGCCCUGCGGCCGGGAAACCCGGCGGGCAGCAGCCAGCGCGGCGCCUGCCCCCGGUCACCCGUGGGUCCCGGCAAGAGCCCCCAGCCGAGAGCCGGGGGGUCCAGCCCCGGGAGGGGUCGGGGCAGCACCGCGCUGCCUGGGGGGAGAGGCAGCUGCCCGCAGGCAGGGCACGGACCCAAAAUCCGGGCAGCGCCUAACGGGCAGCGGCCGGUGCCCCCGCUCCCGCAGCGGAGCCAGCGAGCGGGGGGAGAAGGGAGGAAACGGCCGCGGGUUGCCGCACUGUUCGCCGGUUUUGCCCCGGUUUCCCCCGCUUCCCUCGCCCGGCCCCGUCCGGGGACCCCGAGGCCGCCCGGGGCGGCCGGGAGACGGCUUCGCCGCCGGUUCCCGCCCGCCGGCCGCCGGCUGCGGCCGCCCCGCGCCGGCACCGUGAGAGCCGCGGCCGGAGCCGCCCCGGAGGAGCCCCGGGGAGACGGGACACCCGGGUACAGCGGCACCCUCGCCCCGGCUCGAAGCACGGGCGGGGAGACGCGGCGGCGGCACCGGGAGCAGCCGUGGCGAGGAAGCAGCCCCAGCACGAUCCCCGGGCUCCCGGAGACGGGCCCCGAGGGUCCCGGGCCCGGCAGGCCCCCCGCUGGCCAGAGACCCGGGAGCCGGGACCCCGCUUCCCGCCGGCCCCGGCCCCGCUCCCGCCGCCGCUGCGCUUCCCCCGCGGUCCCGCGGCGGCGGCGCCCCCUGGCGGCCGGGGCGGGGGCGGGGGUGUUGAAGCCGCGGGGCGGCCGCGCACCUGCCCCGCACGGUGGCGCCCCCUGGCGGCCGCGGAGCGGCACCGCAGCCCCCCCCGUGCCGUCACCGGUGAGACCGUCAUGGCGCCCGGGCGCGACCCGCCUGGCCGCUCUGCACCGCCCGUCCCGCCCUCACCCCACGGCGCCGUUGCACGCCCCGCCAGGCCACUCGCCCACGUGCCUGCCUAUAAUACGGCUGCGUCUGCCUCUCCUUCGCCAGUGA